AUGAUGCCACUGCACUGGAGUGAUCCGAUCCCUUGUGUCCAGCAGGCAUCCUUGGACCUUCGGCGCAGGAAGGCUGGCAAGCUUUGCCAAGGAAGCUCCUGUCCACGCUGUGAGGAACUUGCGCGCUUGCAUCCUCAGAGCUCUCGAUGGCUGCAGUUGGUAGAGGCAAGUUCUGGGUCGUGGAGGUUGGGCCGUGCAGAGCUUUAUGAUAUCUAA